UUCAUCAGAGACAGUAGAGAGACUGUGUAGAGGAUCUUUGGUUUCAUCAGAGAAUUUCUAAGUUUAGCGGCACCUGUUGUGCUAACGUUGUGCUACCGUUAGCUGCGAAUGAGCUGCUGUUGUGCUAACGCUAGCCGCGACUGUGCCCGGUUUGUGUUAACACCUGUACGAAGAGUAAAGGGUCACGGACGUCUGUGUCCCACAGUCAGUCAUUGUGAACCACCUGACACCAGAAUAACUGGACCCUGCUGACGGGCAGACUGACAAACACACACCAGGAUGGCCAGUGUGAGUCAAGUGCUGUGCCGCAGAGCCAGGCUGGUCACUUAUCUCCCUGGACUUCAUGUGUUGGUGCAUCGUGUGGCUGGAGCUAGAGCCUUCACUGCUGGAUCCUCAGGCUCUGAUGAGCCCCAUGUAGCCCUCAAUCCACCUGACAUGGGACUGCGGACAGUUUGGCCUGAUGAGAGCAUGGGGCCUUUUGGGCCCCAGGACCAACGCUUCCAGCUGCCAGGUAAUGUGGGUUUUGAGUGCCACCUAGAAGGACUAGCAGAGAAGAAGAGGAGCCUGCCACAUAAGAUGGUCCCUGACGUACUGUCGGCUCCGUCCAGUAGUGAGAGACACGAGUUCAUACUGGCGCAGUUCAUCGGAGACUUCUAUGAGAAUGACGACCCGGCCUCCUCUCAGAGAGUCAGUAGGGCUGAACAAUACUUUGACAGCUCCAGUGUGGAGUGUGCCGUACAACCCUGUCCUGAGCUACUGCAGAGAGAUUUCCAGUCCAUGUUUCCAGAGGCUCCAUCCUCUGGUAUGAUGGUGGUGACAGUGACCCAGAAGACCCAAAAGGAUAUGACAGCAUGGUGUGCUGAGGUGGAGGAGGAGAGGGAGCAGAUGCUUGGGAAGUUUGUUGAUGGAGCCAAAGAGAUCUGCUACGCUCUGCAGAGAGACGGGUUCUGGGCUGACUUCAUCGAUCCCUCCUCAGGCCUGGCGUUCUUUGGCUCCUACACCAACAACACCCUGUUUGAGACGGACGACAGGUACCGUCACCUUGGGUUCCAGAUCGAGGACCUGGGCUGCUGCAGAGUGAUCCGACACACUGUGUGGGGUACACAUGUUUUUGUUGGGACAAUAUUCACAGACGCACCGGCCAGCAGCCUUAUCAUGAAGAAGCUGAUGAACACAGUUAAAACUGUGUGAGAACCUGCUCAGACAGUGGUUCAUUGUUAUCGGACUCCUCAGAGUUUGUAUCUUAUUAUCUGAUAGUGAUAUAUUUUUAAAGAUCCAGAUGUCACAGGCUGAAACAUGCUGUAAUCACAAUAAAGUGUUACUUCACUGAAA